AUGCUCGCCAGGAUCAUCUUCUGCGUGGUCAUCGCCGCCGCCGUCCUCGCCGUCGUCCUCCUCGCCACCGUCUCCCCGCUGCCGCACCGGUCCGGCGGCGGCCACAAGGGCGCUCCAGGCCAGCGCACCUUCACGGUGUACAUCCACCCCACGGUAUCGGCGCCGGUCGUGCAGCAAGAGCAACAAGUCCAAGAGCGCCGGCGAGGAGCGAGCGCGCUGGUGUUCCACCACCGGAUGACGGCGGGGCCGGAGAGCACGUCGACGACCGUCGGCGCGGCCUCUGGGUUUCUGCUCCCGGCGGGCGAGCGGGCCGCCGCGGCGUCGGUGUUCGACACGGUGCACCUGGCGUUCGACGGCGGCGCUGGGCUGUCCGGCAGCCUCUGCGUCGAGACGAGCGACGAGAAGGCGCGGCGGGGCGGGCGACGCCGGCACGACGGGGAGGAGAAGGUGCUGCGAGUGGUCGGCGGCACUGGCGCGUUCGCGUUCGCGCGAGGGCAUGCCGUCCUGCGGGGCCAGCGGCCCCGCCCUGGUGCCACGGCGGCGGCGCUGCUUCUUGAGCUCAGCGUUUCCUCUGCUGAGAGUUACUAA